UUUACCUUCUUUGAUAGCUUUACAAAGUUUACUGCAAGACUCUGAAAUGUCAUUUCAGGAUCGUAACCUCCGUAGCCAUCGUAAGAGAGAACAUACCAGCCCUCUGCAUCAGAUUGCACAGAACAGCAAGAGGGAAGCAGAACCCCAGGAUGAGGUGCAUGAACAAGGACAGAUGACAAAACGGUCAUUUUAGUGUUUUUUUUCGGUUUGACCUCAUUCAUCGGUCUUUCAGUAAAGCUCUGUGUAAUUGUUUGUGUAAGAAACCACAUUACAAAUUUCUGGCAAGAUUUACAAAAGUAUUGGUACCACUGAUUUUCUUCGUACUCGCAUGCAACCAUUGAUGAAUGCCGAGUACACUUAUUAAAAGUACAAUUACAAGUGCCUUGGUGAAUGUCGGUAGGCCAGAAGUCUCUUUGGCCUUUCAAACGUAAAAAAGAAAAAGAAAACAAUGAUACUGAUAGUUAUUCAAUAUUUCAACUCACUCAACGACUCUUCUUGGUUCAGAUUGCACAGAAGUGGAAAGAAAGGGGGAAACAACACUGCAUGACCUGGUGGAGUUUGAGGAAAAGCUACUAUCCACUUCUGCAGCCGCAUCCACAGAUGUGAUGAGAUCACGCAGAAACUACAGGCUGAUCUAAACCAGGAGACAGAAUUUCAUUGGCUAAGGAAAUUUAAAGUUCAUUUCUGGUGAUGCGAUUCGCCAAAACGCUGGAAUUCAACUCUUGAAAUGAUAAGGCAGAUUCAAUACAACAAAGAUCCACUGAAAGCAAUGCUGUCACAGCAGAAGCACAACAUCGCCAUGCUAACCUCAGCUGAAUAUGACAGGUUGGCAAAGUUGGAAACGGUGCUGGAGCCUUGCAGGUACAUCACUGAGCUCCUAGGUGGCGAAAAGUAUGUAUCCUGCUCCGUGGUGCUUCCCGCACUACAUCAUCUCCUGCGUCCAAUGGAGGUCUCUGAUGUUGACCCUGCCUACAUAUCGCGCUUCAAGGCUGCAUUCACAAAGGACCUCAACCGGCGAAAGGAGAACUCAAACCUGUGGUGGUUAAAGGUGGCAACCGCUCUAGAUCCUAGGUUCAAAAACCUUAGGUGCUUUCCCAGAGCAGAGAGGGAAGAGCUGAGCGAGAUGCUGAAGGAUAGAGAACCUGCACCACAGACCUCUGGAGAAAAAGUGGAGUCAGAGCCACCAAAGAAGAAGAUGGCCCUCCUACUCAUGGGAUCAGAGUCGUUGUCUGAUGAAGAGGUACUGGCCACAGAUAAAUCUCUAGAGAGGUACAAGGCAGAGUCUUGUGUCAGCAUAGAAACAUGUCCACUACAGUGGUGGUCAUCACAAGCAGGUACAUAUGGUAAGCUGGCCCAUAUUGCAAAAAGGUACUUGGCUACACCUGCCUCAACAGUGCCAUGUGAGAGACUGUUCUCUUUGGCAGGCCACAUUGUGCAGAAGAAGAGGUCAGCUCUAUCAUCUGAAAAUGUGAACAAGCUAGUCUGCCUGUGACUAACUCGAUUAAAAUUCUUAAUCGAUUCACAGCACAAAUAUUAAGGCUGCAUGAUUAUGGUCAAAAUGAUAAUUAUGAUUAUUUUGAUCAAUAUUGAGAUCACGAUUAUUUAUCACGAUUAUUCAUUGAUUUUAGGGACAACGUAUUUUUAUUGCACUUUCACAUUUAAAUAAACAGAUCACUGCUUUCACCUCCAUUUUGUGCUACAUUCCUGCUAACGUACAAAUCUUUGCAUGAAAUUAGACUGGUCCUUAAAGUGCAUCAUCUCGUAGAAGCAAAAUAUAAAUAAAAUUGUACCCAAAAUAUAGGAUAAGUAAAAAUAAAAAUAUCAUCAACCAAAUGAAAAUAUGCAUCAAAUAUAACAAUAUGCAACCAAAUGAAAACAAUUCAGGGUUAUGCAGAAAAGGCAAUAACAGUGUUUACAGGAGGAGAGACGCUAGACAGUUUCUUUUAGGAGCACUUGUGAAUCUAAUUACAAAAAUUUAGGAGCACAGUUGAAGUUGAGUUUUUUAUUUUAUUUUAUUAUUAUUAUUAUUAUUUUUUAGAGAUGGUAACAGUAAUGUGCCACAAUAUAACACACAAGUAGGCAUGAGAAAACUUGAGCUGGUCAAUUAUGACAGAAUUUAGGAACAUAGUGUGAGCCAUGACAAAUUAAUUUACCUUCUGAUAAACUAAAUUUAAUAUUUUCAUUUCAUUUUACAGGCUGUAUGCAAAAAAGAACAACUGUUAACCUGUUCCACCUUGUAAACAAAUACAAUAAACAUCAAUGUUCAGUGUUUGAAGUCUGCUCCUCUGAAAUAUAUUUAAAGCUACACUAUUAGACAUUUUCCGCUGUCAUGGUUCUGGGCUGGAGCCAGUUCUUGACCCGCUCUGUGUAUAUUGUGUAUAUAUCUGAAUAAUCUCAUAUAGGAUGUGAUUGGGUGAGUUCAUUUACCCGUCAGAUGCAAAGCGCUUUAGUUUAAUGGUGUUCAUUAGGGAUGCACCGAUUAGGAUUUUUACGACCGAAACCGAUCCAGAUACCAAUCUUUUUUUGUUUAAGCUUUAAUCAGGAGGUCUGUUAUAAACGGUUAAAUAUAAUCUCUCUCCUCAUGGUCACUGUUAAUUGAGUUAAAAUAAUAGCAAUGAGGAAUACUGUUGGUUAAUUGAUAAAUAAACAAGCAUAAAAUAUUUAUUUUUAAAUAUCUUAAAAACAAUAGUCCUAAUUAAAAGUAGAUUAAUACAAGCAUGAUCCAUAUUAAAAAAAAGGCUAAUAGCCUUCUAUAGAAAUAGCGAACUAAGCUUAAUGUCAAAUUGAUAUUAAAUGCAACCCAUAGUAAUUAUACAUUAUUUCAUUUCUCAUUUUAUUUAUAUUUUAUGAAGUUAUUAUAUUAUCUAUUUUUUAUAUUAAAUUAUUUAUUUAUACCUAAGCACAUUUUCUGUCUUUACAUUUUAUUAGUUUUCUGUUUGUUUGUUUAUCAGUUGUUCCUUUUAUAUCAGUGCCCCAGUACAGUGUUGCCAUGUCUGCUGAUAAUAUUGUUUUUUGGGGGAUUAAAUCAAAAUAUGGAAACUGGAGUUGACUUUUCUGAUGAUAUUUGGCAACCUUAAGUUUAAAUGAAGUGAAUACGCUAUGUAUUUGAGUUAGUGAAGAGCGUGAAGGAGAGCAGCAGCAUACUCCUUCUGAACAGUUGCUAUCUUGAUUAUGAUUGGUGAAGAAUUAUUUAAUGAAGAAGUUUGAAUUAAACCCACCUUACAGCGUUAGCAUUAUUAUUAAUUUACUCCGCCUGACACCACUGUAUCUACACAAGCAGGUGAAAGUUCAGGUCAUUUUGCGGGAUCAAUAAAAGAUGGCGGUUUGUGAGAUUGGGGAGUUGAGAGAAGCAGAUCAUGUUCAGAUGUGUUAUGCUUCAUCAUAAUGGCUUCUCUGCAGUACUUACACACUUGUUCGGUUGACUGAGGUGAUGAAAACAGUGUGAAAGUAACUGGUGCGCGGUGUAGAUGCAUUUUGGACUUCCUGUAGUUUUUAAUCCCGAUUUUAUUAUACAACUCCGAACAGGUCACUCGCACCAGUGCAAAUAAAUAUUUAUUCACAGUCGCACAAAGUACUUUUCAGUCACAAAUGCGAGUGAAAUGGUCACACUGUAGAGCCCUGAGUUUACCUGCAAAGUUUUUUCCUGUUCGGUGUGAUGACGUUUAAUGUCCCCGACAACCUCUGUAGUGCCAUUUAGCGUCAUGUUAAUGUCAUGAUUUCUCCUCACGCAAGUGCUGGAGCUCACAGCGAAGCUGGCAGCUCGAGUGCUAAAAUGCUAAGCCCAUUUCCGGGUUUUGGCAUUACAAAAUGACGUCAUCCCGGCGUCGCUCUAUGGUGAUUGGCUGUAGUGUAGGAAGUGCUUGAUUUGAUCUGCAGCGGAGUUUUCUAUGAGCGGAGGACGAACCUUAAACGUCAAUAUCACAGUCGAUCAUGUUCAUUUAAUCGUGGGCAGUCAAAAUCGUAAUCGCGAUCGAUAGCCGAUUAAGCCCUAACAAAUAUAAAUACACAUAAAUAUACACAUAUAUAAAAAUUAUUUUAUAGUAUUUAUGCAUUAUUUAUAUGGAUGCACAAAAAGCAAUUAAACUACAGUCCUACAUUAAUAAUAUAUAUUCUGGUGUGUGUGUGUAUUGGGUUCUUAUCUGUUUUGGACAAACAGUACUGUAAUGUUUUAGUCUGAAGUUUAUAUUUAUAACACUCAGUUUGUGGAAUUUAUUUUAAAUAAAAAAAAAAGGGUACUGAAAGCCCCGCCCCCCAUCUAAUUAAUCGACUAAUCGAAAAAAUGAUCGGCCACCUAGUCGAUUAUGAAAAUAAUCGUUGUUUUUUUUUUGUUGUUUUUUUUUUUUAACAGUUGAGUUAUAUUUUAGGAAAUCCAUUGUGAAAAAUACAAUAAAACGUUAGUGUUUUUUUUUUUUUUUUUUAAAAAGUUCAA